AUGACUGCUCAAACAUUUGUGGAGCAACGUGUCCCUUCCCGGCUUGGACCACACAACACCCAGGUGCUAUUUCACCCAGGCGUCGGAUCAGGACCAGCCCCACGGAAGCGGCAAGGCCAGGCACCUGCCCAAAGCCCGCCACCUGCAAGGCCCACGGAAGAGAGCCCCUGGCCCCGCUCUCCCUUGCGGCCUGUCGCUCACGGGCCUCUUGCUCUGGCUGACACAGCGGUGGGGAGUGGGGGGCGCAGGGAUUCCGCACCCGCUGCCCCCGCAGCUCCAGGCAAGCGGCAGGAGCAGCAGUUGAGGAAGGAGGACUGGCAAGAGCACCUGCUGAGAAGCGUGAUGGGAAGGCAGGCUCACUGGCAGAGCGUGUCUCUCCAGACUGGGCCCUCCAAAACCCGGCGAACUGAGGCUGUUGGAGCAGCGAGCUCGGAGCACAGAAGCCCAGUUUAUGCCGCUGUACCAGCUUCUCAGGAAACACACUAUCCGCACCCGGCUCUGUUUGAAGCAGCCGUCUUUUCUGCCAUCCAGCCUUCCUCUGGAUUUGUCACCUGUUUGCGUGGUACUGACCCAACCCCUGUGCGCUUAGCCGGCAUUUUGGCAAGCGGCUGUUCAGCCGGGGAAGCCUUCCCUAGCGAAAAAGCUUGGCCUGCUGAACAUCGGCCUGUCCGGCUGCAGGCACAAAGGCGGGGCACCGCGGCGAGGAGGCGUCCCCGCGCCUCUGGAGGUGCAGCCCAGCGGGGCAGGCUCGCCCCUCCGGCCAGGGAGGGGGAGCCGGCUCGACCCGCCGCAUACCUGCCUGUCCAGCUGCGGCCGGCCCGAGCCGUUCUCGGCAGCCCCGGGGGGGCCCGCGCUCCCCGCCGCCUGCGCCCCGGAGCCUCUUGGGCGCCCGGCUCCCUCGCCCUCCCGCACGGACCGGCCCGCCGCGGCUCCGCCCCGCAAGCCCGCUGCCCGGCGCACCUGCCGCCGCGCGGCCGAGAGCCUCCCGCGCCCGCCGCCGCCCUCCAGCCUAGGCCGGGCUGCCAGCGCCGCCGGACGCCGCCGAGCUCCGCGAGAGAACGGCGGGGGGAGGGAAGUGUGGCCCUCCUCGGCCACCGUCGCGAGGGCCAACCCGACGCCACGCAUGCGCACCCCGCCGGCCUUCUGCUGCGCGCGCCCCCGGGCCCAGGAGGCGCGCGCCCGCCGCCGCAGAGCUCACCCUGCUCGGCCGUGCCGCCGCCGCCGCCGCCGCCGCGCCGCUCCCCCGACCGCCCGCAUCUGACCAGCUCCCGAGAGGUGGAUAUCCGGCAGAGGCCGCGCGCCGCCAUUGGCCCGCGGCGCGGCCAAUCACAAGCCACGCCCCUCCUCCUGCCAGCUUUUGUUUGUGUUUGCGUGCGACGCCCGCACUCACCUCUCGGUGCCCCCGAGGAAGCAACGCGGAGGCCUCGCCUGUUGCUACGGGGCGGGGCCUGA